AACAGAGCCCGGGGUUUCCUGGACGGCGGGAACCGAGGGCUGCCUCUGUCCCCCACCUUGAGGCCCACGAUCUUGAGGGUUGCCCGUCCUGGUCCGGCGCCUGUGUUGGGAUGUGUGUGAAAAGCCAGGGCGGUGUGGUAUGCGGGUGUUGCACUGUGUGUGCAUAUUUUGUGGGCCUGGAGACGGGUGUGUUUGGUGUGGGGGCGGUAGAGGCUCCAGUCCCGAGGCUCAGUGAGUCAGGGAGACGCAAGGCCUGGCUACCUCUGCGCACGCUGGUCACAGGCUCACCCGCCAACCAGGACCCUGGAAGGUCCCCUUAUGUGCUUGGCCAGCUGGGGCCCGCUCUGUCACCCCCAGUCCAUCUGACGCAGGAGGAAACAUCCAGAUUGCCCCUUCUGGACUUAGAGAAGUCUCCCAGCUCAAGAACCUGGGCACUGUCCAUGACACUCCAGCUCCUUCUCCAAGAGGAGCAGACCAGCCGGCAGAGUGAUGCUUCACAACUCCAGCCACAGGGAAGGCAUGGCGCAUGAGGAUGAGACCUGGAGGGGGCAAGACAGGGAUAGGGGAGUGUGGAUAGGGGCAGGGGGAGCUCGGGCCCCCAAUACCUCCUUCUCAUUUCCCCCUGAGCCUCCAGAGGCCUCGGGCAGCAUCAUCCCUGUCUACUGUGCCGUCCUGGCCACCGUGGUCCUUGGUCUACUUGCCUACGUGGCCUUCAAGUGCUGGCGCUCACAUAAACAAAGACAGCAACUGGCCAAAGCUCGGACUGCAGAGCUGGGGGCCCUGGACAGGAACCAGAUGCAUGUGGAUAGCAGUGUCUUCCCAGACUCAUCUAGUGGGCUGGAGUCCUGUGUCCCCGACCAGGGGCUGCAUCCUGAGAUCGGCUGCCGGCUUUACCUUCAUCUCCCUCGGCAGCAGCAAGAGGAAGUGGAGCGGCUCCUGGAAGCAUCAGGCGAACCUGACAAGGGCUGGCAGGGCCUGGCGGGCCGCCUGGGCUACCAGGCUGAGGCUGUGCAGUCCAUGGCCCAGGGCCGUGUGCCAGCCUACACUCUGCUGAGGGACUGGGCUAUCCAGGAAGGCAGCGGUGCUACCCUCAGGGUGCUGGAGGACGCCCUGGCUGCCAUGGGCCGUGAAGACGUGGUCCGGGUUCUGGGCCUCCCAGUGGAGGGCUGCUCCGUGGUGUGAGCGAUGCCUAGACAGCCUGGCCUCUCAGGGAACCUGCUCCGGUGCUCCCUGCCGUGCCCACCUCCUGCGCCUUCCCUUUCAUGGGCUUCCUGGCAUCGGUGGCCUCAGCCUGCUCUGUCCCAGGGAGACACGGAAGGUCCAGUCACCAUUCACCUCCCCUCGCCCUACCUUCCUCCAAGACAGGGACCAGGAUGUGGGGGGAGUGGGCCUGCCCUUCUGAGCCCCACCCCACCUCUUUGUACUUAGCCGCAACUGUUUUUCUACUUUUGUAUUCCGUAUUAAAGGCAACUUCACAGUAUUGUA